AUGUCAACGCCCGGCGAGGCAAGCUCACCGACCGGUGUUCACUCGGCGACAACAGCCGCUGAUGGACGCCCUGCAGCAAGUCGAUCUCAGCCUACUCAGCUAGACGCCGAUAUAUGGAUAGAGCUCUUCUCGUUUGUUCCUGCAAGAGCUGAUCGACUCGCUUUAUAUAGCGUAUCGCGAGAUCUCCGAUGCUGGUUGGAGCCCCACAUGUGGAGAAAGACAACGAUCACGGUUAGUGAAGAGCGCGGAAAUAAUAAAUUGCCUCACUCGGAAGCACCAGCGUCGCUCUGCCACCAUGUACGGCACCUUGAAGUCGUCGCUCCCUUCGUCAAACAGCUUAGCAAACGAUGCGUCCGCCCGUCCUUCGGGGAAUAUUCCAAGGAAUAUCACAUGAAGACUCUACCUACUGUCAACGAUCCUCAAACAAAUCCUUUCAGGGCAUCCUGGUUAGGCUUAGAUCUCAUUCCUCUGCUCGAAAAGAUACCCCAGGAUCAGCUCCUCACAUUCAAAUUUGACCUUGGAAUUUGUGUGCCAAAGGAAAUUUUCGCCAAUGAUAGUCCUCUGAUAACCCGACAAGCAAAGAUCAGAGAAAUCUCCUUGAUCACCGCCGCAGACUGUAGUUUCGUGACUCAUGCCAACAAAGCCCGAUAUACAGAUAUUUCGCUUCUCAAAAGCUUGACGAAAUUAUCCUGGCAAGGUAUCCGGCUUGCAAAAGAGGUCUUUUCCAUUCGACGCACGCUUGAGGCCAACCAUGAACAUCUCCAAGAGCUUCUAAUCGAAAUGGCAUGGGUCGAUAUUUACCAUUGGAAGCUGUGGGAUAUUCGGCACGGGCGUCCUAAAGAGUCUCGAGCAAGAAGAACAUCAGUGUACGGGAUUGAAGCAAUGCGCCGUCCGCUGUUUGCGCUGCACAGUCUUAGCCUGCGCAAGUAUCAUUUUCACUCGGGAUAUGACUUCCUGUUAGCAUGCAUCGAUGUUACUCGACUCAAAUCGUUGUCGCUACGUGAAUGCAGUGAGGAGGAUCGGCUCAUUACGCCUGCGAUUGAUCAAGGGAAAAUGCUUCAACUGGAGAAUCUUGAAUGGGACAUCGAGAGCCUUGACCUUCUCGGGGACGUCAUAUGUGCUUCCCGAGGACUGCGUUCUCUAUUUGGUGGCCCAGUCGUCGAUGACGACCUAGAAAUUUUUGACGUCGACGAGGCACUGCAAAGACUUUUCCGGUGCGAGAUCGAGUGCUUUGGCCUCAGCAUUUCCUCCACACUUCCUCUGCUUGGCAAACUGAUAGAUUUGGGCCCACCAGUACCCAGUUGGAAGGUCCUUCACUUGAGACGAUCAGCUUGUAACCCAGAACAUGGUACUCGGGAUUCCCUCCUGAAAGCCUUCGAAUAUUGUGAUCGGAUGAGACAGCAAGGCGAAGACACUUGCAUUUACGAUGUAGUGGAGCAAGGUGCCUCGCUGGAAGAGUACUGCCUCUGGAAUUUGGUGCAAUUCGCAUUUGGGGAGACUGGUCUACCAAAACUCCAAGUCCUAGCAUACGGCGAUUUCUCACAUGGGCGCCGUCAUGAGUCCCGUGGUCUCAUCUUCAUCCGUAAAAGGCCAUACAAUUCUCAGCUAUCAAAUAUGGACGAGGCCUCUGCAUUCACGGAAGUCGAAGAUCUGGCUGAAUUUUUGGCAGCUUGUCCGAAAGAUCAACUUGUUCCCAAAGCUGAACACCGAUAUAUGGUGGAGCCGGGCAUCAUUACUCAAAGAUAG